AGCAUGUGACUAUAAAGUUAUUCUCCCACACACUCACUGACUUUUUGUUUCGGCUGGAUUUUGUGGGUCACAACAGGAUUUCUGCGUGGACUUCCCUGAAUCUGGAUAUGUUCUGUGACUAUUGCUUCGCUGACUGCAGUUAGGAUCGCUCCAGUUUGUAUCCAGACAAACCACACUGGUUGCAAAUCUUGUGUCUGCUCUGUUUUUGUCUGCCUCUGUGACAGCCUGAGUGAAAGUGACUCUGGGAGGAGAUGUUAAAUGCAUGUGUCAUGUCUCAUGGUAUUUAAUAGCAAGCUGUUCUACACCUGCUGCUGACAGAAACAACCUGGUUUUUCCAGUCAGUAUGCUGUUGCUGGUAUGUGGCAGUGGAGGUUUGUGUUUUGGUGACUGAUGAUUCCUCAAAAUGUGCUGUCACUGCUGCAUUUCUUGGAGGAGGAGGGAAUAAGCAGUAAAAGACACAGAGGCAUAAACAAGACAAGGCUUGGCUGAACGUAGUAGCACAUUAACUCAUCCUCUGAACUCAUUAAAGGAAGGAGAUAAAGAGCAGAGGCCUCUCUGUUGGAUCACCUUUAGUAUACACAGGGAAUGUUGUCAGCAUUUGACACUGCCUUGAUUUACCAGUGAUACAAGUUCAUCAUGAGUUCCACUAAGAGAUGGUUAGUCCCACGUCGCUCUAGAGUCUACAUUGUGGAAGGGGAGUCCCAGUGUCCGGAGACGGGCACCCACAAAGACAGCUCUUUCGGCCAGACACCCUACCUGCGUGGCUCAGAGCGCUACAGUGACAGCGGCGGAGGCAGCAGCGUACCCCCUGGAACCCGGGGCCCUUCGUGCGUGGCCACCUCCAGCUCAGCCAGCUUGGCCUGGGCGCUACGGACACGCCACCAACCUGCAAGUCUGGCCCUCCGCAAGCAAGAGGAGGAGGAGAACAAGAGAUGCAAGGCCCUAUCAGACAGUUAUGAACUCUCAACAGAUCUGCAGGAUAAGAAGGUGGAGAUGCUGGAGAGAAAGUACGGUGGCUCCUUCGUAAGUCGCCGAGCAGCGAGGACCAUUCAGACGGCCUUCAGACAGUAUCGCAUGAACAAGAACUUUGAGCGCCUCAGAAGCUCCGCGUCAGAGAGCCGCAUGACCCGUCGCAUCAUCCUCUCCAACAUGAGACUGCAGUAUUCGUUUGAUGAGCGGCAGCCUCAGCAGCAGGCCCAGACACAGACCAACUUCACCCACAGCGUGGCCAUCGGGCCUCCUCAUUCCCCCGACACAGACCGCACAGGGGAAUACACCCAUUUAGAGGACUCCUUCUCCAAACAGGUCAAGUCCUUAGCUGACUCGAUAGACGACGCCCUUACCUGCCGCGCGGGUCGCGAUGACUCCCAGGAGGGCAGCAGGGAGGGAGGAGGUAUAAGCGAGGACUUUGGCGAGUGUGUGUGGAGCAGUAGCAGCAAUCCAUCCUCCCAGAGAGGUCUGGGAGAAAGAGCCAGGGGAGCUGGAGGAGGACUCAGUAUGCACGGAGACAGCACGGCCACAUCGUACAGUGAUGUCACCUUAUACAUGGAUGAUGGGAUGCCGUCGUCACCCCUGUCCCUCGACCGGGCACCCAGCAGCACAGACACAGAGUACUGGGGCCCCGGUGGUGGUGUUGGAGGGCGUGAGGACAGCAGGGACACAGAGGGAGGGGGUAGCAGUAACAGCCGGCGUAGCACCCCAUGCACAGAGUGCAGGGACUAUCGUCUGAGGGGCGCACAUCUGCCUCUCCUCACUAUUGAGCCGCCCAGCGACAGCUCAGUGGACAUGAGUGACCGUUCAGACCGAGGCUCUCUGAGCAGACAGCUGGUCUUCGAGCAGGAGCCUGGUGUGGGAGCUGGCUCCCCUCAGGGAACCCUCAAACACUCCCCCAACACCGGCGCCCGCCAGGCCUCCACUGCAGCUGCCCAGGGUCAGACACGGGCUCCCAGCAGACCCAUACCAACACAUAUCCCUCACCAGGUGGCCCCCCACCACCACCAUCACCACCAUCCUAUCCACCACCAUCAGUACUCAGACACACCUUCAUCCUCCUCCUCGCCGCAGCAGCCCCCCACCACCCCACUCUCCUCCUCCUCCUCUACAGCUCUGCCCCCUGGAGGCCUGGAGCAGCCAUGCUGCUCAGACGGAGACAAUGACUCACUCAACUCCACCACCAACUCCAACGAGACGGUCAACUGCAGCUCAGGCUCCUCAUCUCAGGACAGCCUGCGGGAGCCUUUACCUCCUCUGGGCAAGCAGACGUACCAGAGAGAGAGCCGCCACAGCUGGGACUCUCCGCCCUUCAACAGCGAUGUGGUGCAGAGGCGCCAGUACCGCAUAGGCCUCAACCUCUUCAACAAGAAGCCAGAGAAAGGGAUACAGUACCUGAUUGAAAGAGGGUUUGUCUCUGACACUCCAGUGGGGAUUGCUCGCUUUAUCCUAGAGAGGAAGGGCCUGAGCAGGCAGAUGAUAGGAGAGUUUCUGGGGAACCGGCAGAAACAAUUUAACAAAGAUGUUUUAGACUGUGUGGUGGAUGAGAUGGACUUCUCAGGUAUGGACCUGGAUGACGCUCUAAGGAAAUUCCAGGCUCAGAUUAAAGUUCAGGGUGAAGCCCAGAAAGUGGAGAGGCUCAUUGAGGCUUUCAGUCAGAGAUAUUGUGUGUGUAAUCCCACCCUGGUUCGGCAGUUCCAGAACCCGGACACCAUCUUCAUCUUGGCCUUUGCCAUAAUUCUCCUCAACACAGACAUGUAUAGUCCCAACGUCAAAGCUGAGAGGAAGAUGAAACUGGAGGAUUUCAUCAAGAAUUUGAGAGGCGUUGACAAUGGUCAGGAUAUACCCAGGGACCUGCUGGUUGGGAUCUACCAGCGGAUACAGAAAUGGGAGCUACGGACCAAUGAUGACCAUGUGUCCCAAGUGCAGGCGGUGGAGAGAGUCAUCGUGGGCAAGAAGCCUGUGCUGUCCCUUCCCCAUCGCAGGCUGGUGUGUUGCUGCCAGCUCUACGAGGUGCCCGACCCGAACAGACCUCAGAGGACGGGAGUGCACCAGCGAGAGGUCUUCCUCUUUAAUGACCUUCUGGUGGUGACCAAAAUCUUCCAGAAGAAGAAAACCUCAGUGACUUAUAGUUUCAGACAAUCGUUCCCUUUGGUUGAGAUGCAAGUGCACAUGUUCCAGAACUCGUACUACCCUCAUGGGAUCCGCCUGACCACAGCAGUCCUGGGAGGGGAGAGGAAAGUUCUUAUCGUCUUCAUGGCACCCAGUCAGCAAGAUCGCACCCGCUUUGUGAGCGACCUCAGGGAGAGCGUUGCUGAAGUGCAGGAGAUGGAGAAAUACAGAGUCGAGUCGGAGUUGGAGAAGCAGAAAGGUGUGAUGCGACCCAGUUUGCUGACAGGAGGUGUGGUUGGAGGAGGUGUUGGAGUUAAGAGCGAUGUUGUGAACGGCACCCUGGGAAGGACGAGUUUCGAUGACAGCGUGGGUGAGGGUCUGAAACGCACAGCGCUCAGCUCAUCUCUCAGGGACUUAUCGGAGACAGGGAAACGUGGUCGCAGGAACAGUGUUGGUUCUCUGGACAGUACCAUGGAAGGCUCCAUCAUUAGCAGCCCACAGCCUCACCAGCGCUAUCAAGUGCCAGGUGUCGUUCCUGGCUGCUACGGAACAGAAGACUUCCGGCCUCACCGCCCCAUCCUGAGCCCCGGAACGGGGGUGGGGGGUGGGCCGGGGCAGCAACAUACCACUGCUGGGACAGGAGUUGGGGGAGUCUCCAGCAGUGCAGAGAGAGCAGGAGCGGGGAGCGUCCCUGGGGGGAGCAGCAGCAGCAGCAGCAACAACAACAGCAGCUCCUUCCUGGGCUCUCUUUUCGGCAGCAAACGCGCCAAACCACCAGGGCCCCUUAUUCCACCGGGGCCACCUUACCCCGCACCUGUCCCCCCACUGACUACAGGAGGGCCCCCUCCUCACUCCCCUUCAUCUCUGUGCCAGUUGGAGGGGGGGCCUUCCAAGAUCCAGGCGCUGCACGCACAAUACUGUCACGUGGGCACCGUGCAGCCCCCGCCACCCUACUACCAUCACCAUCGCUACCACAUCCAAACUGUCAACCCUCCUUUGCAAGGUGUGGCCCCUCAUACUAUACACAGAGGCCCACUACCCUGUCGUCCACCCCUUGGCCCAUUGCACGUCCCGCACCCGCAGCUGGCCCAUCUCUCCCAGCUUUCCCAGCAUGGGCUGCCGGGUCGUUACGCCAACAUGGUGGUGGGAUGUCCCCCCCCCCUUUCUCCUCUCUCCCAGCAUUCCCAGAACCCGCAGUUUACCCUUUACCACGCGCAGCCCACACACUCUGUCAGAGGGGUCGGCGUCCCUGGCACCAAACCUCCACUAAUGUUGUCUCACUCCCACCCGCACCCCCACGCACACUCCCAAACCCACCCCGGACACGUACAUACACCACACCCAGCCAGCCACUCCACCCAUCAAACACACUUCAUAUUCGGCACUCUGCCCCACAACCUGCCGUCCGCCUCCGUCAAUGCGCAUCACGCAGCGUCCGUCGCCCCGUAUCUGCCCCAGUACCCUCCUCUCUCUUCCAUCCCCCCUCCCCCACCGCACUCCCCUUUACCCCCCCCUUCGUCCCCCCUUACCCCUCUUACACCUCUCUCCCCUCACCCCCCCCAGCACCCCGGGCAGCCUCAGCAGGGGCAACAGGUACAGGGGGCUGGAGCGACAGGUACAGGGGGCAGCUCCAAAUCCAAGCCUAUCAACCGGAUAAGUACCGUGGUGUGAGCAGGAUGUGGGGCCCCAGGCGUCAGAGGUCAGAUGAUAGAGUGGUGGAGGUGGGCAGAACGAGGGCGAGAACCAAGUCUGCCAGGACAGAAAGCAACAGCAGCAGCGCUAGUGACAAGCGGAAACGCAGUUUGCUUCGUCUCUGUUACUUUCACCUCCGUUUCCCACAUAUGUAGGUGGAGAUAAAAAGCACAGCCAGAGAUAGAUAACACGUGCACACAUCCUUGAAACCUGAACACAUAAAAACACACACACACACACAUACAUGCACAGCAACAAGAACAACCCCCCCAACAUUUCCACACAAAAGUCCAAAAAGUCUAUAGCCAUAUAAUCUAAAAUGGAACUACAUCUAUAUCUAUUUAGAUUGUCUGAAAUCUAGUUGAGUGUGUAUGAGACUAUUUACAUAUACAGUAUCGAGAUGUGAUGAUGUGACACUGGAAACACAGAGACCAUAUAUAUAUAUACACACAGUAUAUAUACAUAUAUAUAUAUAUCCCGCUGCUUACAUGGGGAUGUAAAUAAAGACUAAACCACCAAAUGCAUUCCGAUGGAGUUUGGCAUUAAAAUAGCAGAGAGUUGCAAAAAAAUGUCCCUUGACUUUGCAAUAAUUUCCUUGGUUUCAUGAUGUCUCUGUCCAUUUUGCAGUUUCUGCUUUGCUGACAAGCAUCUUUUUUUCUAAACAAGACCUCAGAUAUGUUGCUUUGUCUUAAACUUUAAAACCAGUGCACGGUUUCCUGACAGUCUUUUGCUUAAAUGGUCUCUUACAUGUCAACAGGAGCCCCCUGGCUUUAUAAUGCAUUCCUCGUGGGGUAUAUGGGAAUUAUCGAUACAAUCAAUAAUAUAUUUUAAAUGUUUCUGAAGCUUCUUGCUGUUUUAUUGAUAUUAUACCUGCUAUGAGUGAUGAAUAUUGUCUAAUAAUUGUUUUUAUCAGUGAUAAAUUAUAUCAGCAGAUGUUUGUACAUGGUUAUGGAGAGUAUAUGCACAUAUAAAUCCCCUUGGUUUGUCACAAUGACGAGAGGGUGUUCUAUUAUGUGAAGUGUGAUUUAUUUCCAUCGUACUAUGGUUUCCAUUGAAUUCAUCUUUUUAAUAAUUAGUAUUAUUGAUUGUUGAAAAUAAUUAAUGAGGUUCAACUGAGUUUGGACACCGACAAUAUUCCUUCUUUUCUGUUCUGUGAGCAAACAGGAGCAAAAGUUCUCCAAAAGUAUGAUUACCAAAACUUGAACUUUCAGAAUGGAUCUGAGUUUGUGUUUCUUUUUUUCAUUUUGAUGAGGCUCCCAGUACAGGAAAAAAAAAUUGAUUGUGGGAAUAAGACCUGGAUUUCGUAAAAUGCCAUCCUCUCGUAAUUAUACAGGGCAACUGUGCUCACUUAUCUGCAGUCAUCAGAUUUAGUCAUUGUGUGUUUUUCUAUGUUUUGAAGAAGCACGCUUUUACAUGAGGUUUUGUGGUUUUGCACACGUGAUGUCUUAAGUCAGAAAUGGCCUUCUUCUAAUCCUCCCUCUUCUGCCACCUUCAGAAAACUCUUAUUAUAUUUCCUGAUGCUUCGGCAUCCUGCUGAGGGCUCCUCGCUUAAAAAAAGUAGAACUUGAGUCAAGAAUGUAACAUAGCCUGCAGGUAUAUACUGUAUUUUCCUUUCUUUUUCUGUGGGCUUCGUAAAAGUGUUGUCCCUUUUGCUACUGCAAUUUUUGAAGUUGAAAUGAAGCACUGGUGUGGUUAACCUCCUGUGCCAUUUAUCAUCAAGAGAACUCUACAUAUAACCUGAUUCAGGAGAGGAGGAUGAAUCAGUGUGGACAAAGUUAAGAAAAUCUACGGAGCAAGCAACUGAAGUUGAUGAAGAUAUUUAAGAAGAUCCAAAUCCUCAUGAGAAGGAUUUUUACAGAGAUGUGAAGAGAGUCAUGAAUGUCAGAUGAAUAUUUUAUAGGUAUGUGUUGGCUAGCAUUUUCUUUUUAUUGUGUCCAUUUUGACUCUUCUUGCAUGAAUAUAUCUGCACUUAUUGAAUAGAUUGUACUGUAUAAACCUGAAUGUACAUAAUAUACUAUACAUAGGCUUCUCAUCAUAACUAUGGGAUGAUCUACUCCCUGUCUGCAUUCAGGUGCGUGCAUGUAAGUGCCACUAAGUAUGUACAUAUAAAAGAGGGACAGGGACAGAAGACGCUGACCAAAAGGAAAUACUGACUUCUUUUCAUUUUCUUAUUAUUUCAGACUGAAGGUGAGAGAAUGAGUUACUAUGAUAUAAAUUAUUAAAGCCCAAAAAAGAUUUUAUGUCAGUGCACUUAUUGAUAUUAUUUUAAACAAAUGAUUUCAAUUUUUUCCUUUGUGUUUGCAUAAUGUGUACUGAAAGAAUAGAGAAUUGAGAUGUGAAUAUUUAUUGCUUCUGAUAAAUUAAAGUGUCCUUGCAGUGAA